AAUACUGUCCAAAACUUACCAAUAUCUCUGAUAUUACUUUGUGUUUCAGGGGGAAGACCAAACUGGGGGAAAUUUUCACUAGGGCUUGUCCUUACAUGAAUUGAGCUCAACUAGGGUUUUCGAUAAAAGUUAUCGGUACAUGUAGUAAUGGAGAAAGAAGAGAAAUACCAGGCAAGUUUUAUGGGUAGUCUAGAUUACUCUCUAGACCACCACCACCACCAUCAAAACAACCUCAUUAAGCCGCGAAUCGGGGAAACUUCCGGCGAGAAUAACGACGACAACAAUAGUGGAAUGAUUGAUUACAUGUUAAAUCAACCUCAUGACCAACAACAAAUAUAUUCUUCUGGGUUUUGUACUCCAAGUAAUUCUCUUGAUAAGUUGAGCUUUGCGGAUGUGAUGCAAUUCGCAGAUUUCGGAUCCAAGUUGGGUGUGAAUCAUCAAAACAAAGUAUCAUCCGAAGAAGAAGAAACUGCAAUGAUUGAUCCGGUUUGCUUCCUCAAGUUUCCAGUCUUGAACGAAAAGGAAGAAGAUCCAUCAUCUCUAAUGGUGCCUCAUCCUCAAUCAGUUAUUGGAGAGAUGAUCAAUGGAGAGAGGUUGAUUCAAGGAUUGAAUAUUAAUGGUCAUGAUGAUAUGGAAGGAGGAGAAGAUGCAAAAGAGAUGAAUGAUGAAGCUAGGGUUUCGAAUCCAGAGAAGAAUACUAUUAAUCCUUUGCCUGUGGAAGUGAAGAACAAGAGAAAAAGACCAAGAAGUAUAAAAACAAGUGAAGAGGUUGAGAGCCAGAGAAUGACUCAUAUUGCUGUUGAAAGAAAUAGAAGGAAGCAAAUGAAUGAGCAUCUUCGCGUCUUGAGAUCCCUCAUGCCUGGCUCGUAUGUUCAAAGGGGAGAUCAAGCAUCGAUUAUCGGAGGAGCAAUUGAAUUUGUGAGAGAGUUAGAGCAACUUCUUCAAUGCCUAGAAUCACAGAAAAGAAGAAGAAUCUAUGGAGAAGCAGCUACUCCAAGACAUAUGGUUGCUUCAGGAGAUACCUCUCAGCUUGCAAACAUUCAACAACAACCACAAACACCAUUUCUACCUCCAAUGCCUCUUACAAAUCAAGUUAAUGAAGAGGCAAUGAAUUUUGAGAUCGGACUCCGGGAGGAGAAGGCGGAGAGUAAAUCAUGUUUGGCUGAUGUUGAAGUGAAGGUGUUAGGGUUUGAUGCCAUAAUCAAGAUUCUAUCAAGGAGGAGGCCAGGGCAGCUUGUCAAGACCAUUGCAGCACUUGAAGAUUUGCAACUUAGUAUACUUCACACCAAUAUCACCACUAUCGAACAAACUGUUCUCUACUCCUUCAAUGUCAAGGUGACAAGUGAAUCAAGGUUCACAGCAGAAGAUAUAGCAAGCUCAGUUCAACAUAUAUUCAGUUUCAUACAUGCAAACACCAGCAUAGGAUGAUGAGCUGUUGCAUAAAUGCUCUUGUCCAAGAUCUAUCUUUGUUGGAUUAUUUGUCUCAUCAUGAUAAGUACAUUGUUAAUUUUAUUGGAUUCUCUCUCUCUUUUUUUUUGUGGAUUUCUGUAUUUGAAAUAUUUUUUUCAGUUCUAUUUUGAGAAAUUAAAUAGAUAGAAAUAUACGUUAUAUAUAGUUUCCAUUAAAGGAAAC